GAACUAAGAAGCCCGAGCCAAAAAACCCUGAGACGAAGCAGAACGGCGGAGCAGCACCGCAACGGAAGCCGUGAAAUGGACGACGAACCCCGCGACGGCAGCCGCAACCGCGCUCUGACCGCCACGCGCUUCUCCGACCUCGAGCCGCCCCUCUCCGAACCGGUCCUCGAGGCUCUGAGCCUGUCCGGCUUCGAGUUCUGCACGCCGGUGCAGGCCGCCACGAUCCCCCUGCUGUGCAGCUUCAAGGACGUCGCCGUCGACGCCGCCACCGGCUCCGGAAAGACCCUGGCGUUCGUCGUCCCUCUCGUGGAAAUCCUCCGCCGUUCCUCGCCCGCGCCUCCCAAGCGCCACCAGGUAUUGGGGAUAAUUAUUUCACCUACCAGGGAACUGUCGUCACAAAUCUACCAUGUCGCGCAACCUUUCAUUUCUACACUGUCAAGUAUCAAGUCCUUGCUUUUAGUCGGAGGAGUUGAGGUUAAAGCAGACAUGAAGAAAAUAGAGGAGGAAGGAGCGAACUUGCUGAUAGGUACACCUGGGAGGCUGUAUGACAUUAUGGAUCGAAUGGAUAUCUUGGAUUUUAAGAAUCUUGAGAUUCUAAUUUUGGAUGAGGCAGAUAGGCUCCUGGAUAUGGGAUUCCAAAAGCAGAUAACUUCUGUUGUAUCUCGCUUACCCAAACUUCGUAGAACUGGCCUUUUUUCUGCUACUCAAACUGAGGCAGUUGAGGAGCUGGCUAAAGCUGGUUUGCGGAACCCGGUGAGGGUCGAAGUUCGGGCAGAAACAAAACAACAGGAUGAUUCAGCAUCAUCACGGGAUGCAGGCCCUUCGAAAACACCUUCUGGCCUGUUCCUUGAGUAUUUAGAGUGUGAAGCAGACCAGAAACCGUCACAACUCGUUGAUUUCCUUACGAAGAACAAGUCCAAUAAAAUUAUCGUUUACUUUAUGACUUGUGCGUGUGUUGACUACUGGGGAGCAGUUCUUCCUUGUCUUUCUGCUUUGAAAGGUCUUUCUUUGGUUCCUCUCCAUGGGAAAAUGAAACAGAUUGUUAGAGAAAAAGCAUUGGCUUCAUUUACGUCACUUUCAAGUGGCGUUCUCCUAUGUACUGAUGUUGCAGCUCGUGGUCUGGAUAUUCCGGGUGUUGAUUGCAUAGUGCAGUAUGAUCCUCCCCAAGAUCCAAAUGUUUUCGUACACAGAGUUGGGCGCACAGCUAGGCUGGGCAGACAAGGAACUGCAAUUGUGUUUUUGUUGCCUAAGGAGGAAUCUUAUGUUGAAUUCUUGCGUAUAAGAAGGGUUCCCCUCCAGCAAAGGAAGUGCAAUGAUAAUGUGCUUGAUGUUGUUCCCCUGAUGCGCUCUGCUGCAAAGAAGGAUCGUGAUGUUAUGGAGAAAGGAGUUAGAGCGUUUGUCUCACAUAUUCGAGCUUAUAAGGAGCACCACUGCUCUUAUAUUUUCAGGUGGAAAGAACUCGAGGUUGGGAAGUUGGCAAUGGGAUAUGGCUUGCUGCAACUUCCUGGUAUGCCCGAGGUGAAGAACCAUUCACUUUCCACAGAGGGUUUCACUCCAGUUGAAGACAUUAGCUUGGAGGAAAUUAAGUACAAGGACAAAUCUAGGGAGAGGCAGAGGCAGAAGAACUUGCAAGCUAAGAAAGAGGCACCACAGAAAGAUCCAAAAACCCAUAAACCAAACAAGAAUGCAAAUGCCGCAUCCAAUGUCAUGAGGAAGAAAACGGCAAAACAGAGACGUGCAGCUCAGACAAUUGAAGAUGAAGAUGAGUUGGCUCGAGAGUACCGCCUUCUGAAAAAGUUGAAGAAAGGAACAAUCAAUGAAGAUGAAUAUGCCAAGUUAACAGGGACAGAAGAUUUGCUUUGAAUUGUUUGGCUGAGCCAUCUUAAUUUCAUGAAGAGGUUGAGACUUGAGACAAGGUUCAUGUUGAAACUUGGACAAUGUAGGCAUCUGCAUGACAAGCAAAUGAUGGAUGGAAGGUCAACUUGUUCCUAGAAAAGCUCAAAACUGACAACAUGAAGCCCCAAAUAUCGAGUUCGGGAUCUCUGGACGACCAUCAACUUUGCCGGCAGCCAUUGAUGCAAAUGCCUAGGGAUUAAGAGUGGAAGGACCUCAGAUAUUUUGGGACUCCAAAAAGAAACCCUUGUUCAGACAAAUCUGGUGGCUGAAGAGUAUUGAAUGACCGGAACCAGAAGGACCAUGUUUUACUUUGGCAAUUGUAGUCAUAGAUGUAAAGCCUCCAAGCAAAGCUGGGUAGUUGUUGGUACACAAUCAGAUUGAUUUAGAUGGAUGAUAGGUUUGCAUUUCUAAGGUAAAAGGGUUGUGCCUAAAGAAAGGGUAAUUGAACCUGUAAUAUUCCAACUGUUCAUCAUAGUAUGAGAAAUUAACCGAAGUAUAUUGUUCCUUUUCCUUUUA